AUGGGUGGUCAAGUGUCCAAGAUUAUGGGGAAGAUUUUCGGUACGAAGGAGAUGCGAAUUUUGAUGCUGGGUUUGGAUGCUGCUGGAAAGACCACAAUCCUCUACAAAUUGAAGCUCACCAAUCAGGACGUCACCACUAUCCCUACCGUCGGUUUUAACGUUGAAAGCGUCACCUACAAGAAUGUCAAGUUCAAUGUUUGGGAUGUUGGUGGACAGGACAAGAUCAGACCCCUCUGGAGACACUACUACUCUGGUACACAAGGAUUGAUUUUCGUCGUGGACUCCAGCGACACUGCUCGUUUGGAAGAAGCUCGCUCCGAACUUCACAAGAUUAUCAACGAUCGCGAAAUGAAGGAUGCUCUUCUGCUGGUCUUUGCCAACAAGCAGGAUGUUCAAGGCCACAUGAGCCCCGAGGAAGUUACUCAAGCGCUACAGCUCACCAAGUUGAAGGAUAAGCUGUGGUACGUUGCUCCAAGUGUCGCAACGGAGGGAACUGGUAUCUUUGAGGGCCUGGCAUGGCUCUCCAACAACGUCAAGACGCAACCUCAGAAAUAA